UUGACAGCAAAAAAAAUCCCACGCAUACGCAUUGCCGUGUGAUGCGCUUGAUUUUUAUUUAUAUUUUUUUUUCUUGUUUGGCAGGAGUAAGUAGCAGUGGGAAACCUACACACUCAUUUUCUCUCACUUUCUCUUUCUCUCACAGUUUUCCUCUGGAAAAAGGCAAAGGAAGAGAAAGACAGGAGCUAAGAAAGACAUAAACCAGCUGGUUUGGUUUCCUUGUCUUUCUCUCUCUAUCUCUAAUAAAAGAAGCUUAGAAUAAAGUGCCAAGAGAAAGAAAGAAUAACAAAAAGGCCAUUGCUUUGUGAAGCUUAACCAAGGAGGGUUGCUUAUUCAUGGCAACCAUGGGCUUGAAGGUUGUAAUGUGGAAUGUGAUAGUGGCGGUUUUGAUUGGUGUAUGGGUUGGCUCUGCUGAAGCCUCUGUAUCCUAUGACUCUAAGGCUAUCGUCAUUAAUGGGCAGAGAAGGAUUCUCGUUUCUGGAUCCAUUCACUAUCCAAGAAGCACCCCUGAGAUGUGGCCAGAUCUUAUUCAGAAGGCCAAGGAAGGAGGUUUGGAUGUGAUUCAGACUUACGUUUUCUGGAAUGGGCACGAGCCUUCACCUGGCCAAUAUUACUUUGAGGGGAACUAUAAUCUGGUUAAAUUUAUCAAGCUGGUGAAGCAAGCUGGCCUUUAUGUUCAUCUCAGGAUCGGUCCUUAUGUUUGUGCUGAGUGGAACUUUGGGGGAUUCCCUGUUUGGCUGAAGUACAUUCCAGGUAUCGAUUUUAGAACAAACAAUGGACCUUUCAAGUUUCAAAUGCAAAAAUUCACAAACAAGAUCGUCAAUAUGAUGAAAGCUGAAAGGUUGUUUGAGUCUCAAGGUGGUCCAAUAAUUCUAUCCCAGAUUGAAAAUGAAUAUGGACCCAUGGAGUAUGAACUUGGCGCACCGGGUCAAGCUUACACCAAAUGGGCAGCCCAAAUGGCUGUAGGGCUUGGUACCGGUGUCCCGUGGGUCAUGUGCAAGCAAGAUGAUGCCCCUGAUCCUAUUAUUAACACUUGCAAUGGUUUCUACUGCGACUACUUCUCUCCUAACAAGGCUUAUAAACCCAAGAUGUGGACAGAAGCCUGGACUGGCUGGUUUACAGAGUUUGGAGGUCCAGUUCCUUAUCGACCAGCUGAAGACUUAGCAUUUUCAGUUGCAAGGUUUAUCCAGAAGGGGGGAUCCUUCAUUAACUAUUAUAUGUAUCAUGGGGGAACAAAUUUUGGCCGAACGGCUGGUGGUCCUUUUAUUGCUACUAGUUAUGAUUAUGAUGCUCCUCUUGAUGAAUAUGGACUUAUGAGACAGCCUAAAUGGGGUCAUUUGAAAGAUUUGCAUCGAGCAAUAAAGCUAUGUGAACCGGCUUUAGUAUCUUCAGAUCCCACUGUGACACCGCUUGGAAAUUAUCAAGAGGCUCAUGUAUUCAAGUCCAAGUCUGGAGCUUGCGCUGCAUUCCUCGCAAAUUACAACCCAAGAUCUUUUGCAAAAGUGGCUUUUGGUAAUUUGCAUUACAACCUGCCUCCUUGGUCCGUCAGCAUUCUUCCAGACUGCAAGAACACUGUAUACAAUACUGCCAGGGUUGGUGCCCAAAGUGCACAGAUGAAGAUGCCUCGUGUCCCUGUUCAUGGAGGAUUCUCUUGGCAGGCAUACAACGAAGAGACAGCAUCUUAUGAUGAGAGGUCAUUCACAACGGUCGGAUUGCUGGAGCAGAUAAAUACAACAAGAGAUGCCUCUGACUAUUUGUGGUACUCAACAGAUGUUAAGAUUGAGGCCAAUGAGGAAUUUUUGAGGAGUGGCAAAUAUCCUUUUCUUACGGUCCUGUCUGCUGGCCAUGCUUUGCAUGUUUUCAUCAAUGGUCAACUAUCAGGAACUGCGUAUGGAAGUUUGGAAUUCCCAAAACUAACAUUUAGUAAGAGUGUGAAACUGAGAGCUGGUAUUAACAAAAUCUCCCUUCUAAGCAUUGCUGUUGGUCUCCCGAAUGUUGGUCCACAUUUUGAGACAUGGAAUGCUGGUGUUCUUGGCCCAAUUACAUUAAAUGGUCUCAAUGAAGGAAGGAGAGACUUGUCAUGGCAGAAGUGGUCUUACAAGAUUGGUCUUAAAGGAGAAGCCCUGAGUCUUCAUUCGCUUAGUGGGAGUUCCUCAGUUGAGUGGGUUGAGCGGUCUUUAGUGGCCCAAAGGCAGCCUCUGACAUGGUACAAAACUACGUUCAGCGCCCCAGCUGGAAAUGCCCCAUUGGCUUUGGAUAUGAGCAGCAUGGGUAAAGGUCAAGUGUGGAUAAACGGACAGAGUCUUGGUCGCUACUGGCCUGCUUACAAAGCAUCUGGUACUUGUGGUGAAUGUAAUUAUGCUGGAACAUACAGUGAAAAGAAAUGCUUAAGUAAAUGUGGGGAGGCUUCCCAAAGAUGGUAUCAUGUUCCUCGUUCGUGGCUAAACCCGACAGGGAAUUUGCUGGUUGUUUUCGAAGAAUGGGGCGGAGACCCAAAUGGGAUCUUUUUGGUUAGAAGGGAAAUAGAUAGCGUAUGCGCUGAUAUCUACGAAUGGCAGCCAACCCUCAUGAAUUGGCAGAUGCAAGCCUCCGGUAAAGUCGAUAAGCCACUGAGACCUAAAGCUCAUUUAUGGUGCGGCCCUGGGCAGAAAAUUUCAUCAAUUAAGUUCGCCAGCUUUGGAACGCCAGAAGGGGUUUGUGGAAGCUUCCGGGAGGGAAGCUGUCAUGCCCACAAAUCAUAUGACGCAUUCCAAAGGAGUUGUGUUGGGCUGAACUCCUGCUCAGUAACUGUAGCACCUGAAAUUUUUGGAGGAGAUCCAUGUCCAAAUGUCAUGAAGAAACUCUCUGUUGAAGCUGUUUGUAGCUAAAGUGAAAUGCAAUGAAGCUCCCGGAUUGAUUCUUAGAAGACUCCAAUACAUCAUUUUCAGUUUAUCUAUUUUUGGGUAAAUUAUCUACACAUCCAGCUCAUCAUGACCAUUCAUUUUGGCUUUUCCAGGGUGAAAGUUGUACAAAUAUACAACACGCCAUCUGGUCGAAAGCCUAUACAGAUUGUGAAAAUGAUUGUGGAUAAGCUAUAUGUAUGUACUAGCCGUUGUUUUGAUUGGUGGCCUGCAAGUUAUAUGAAGGUAGAAGAGAGGGUUGGUCAAUGCACAUUGAGAUGACACUAAUCGAGUCCAUGUGCAAAUUUUUAGUUUUAGAAUUUGGAAGCCUCUGGUUCCAGUAAUGUUGUAUUUUAUUUUCCCUGUAACUUCCUGGAAAGCAAUUGUUUCAUUGGUUUCUCUAUUGUAAGAAAGGUUUCAAAAGAAAUAAUGUUAUGAAGCUCAUCAAACUGUCUUGUGUCC